CACAACAAGAGGACUACAGAAAGUAACGGGAUUUGAUUUAAAAUCACAUCGACCUCGACAUCCAAUCAGCAUAAAAGUCUGUUUCUGACGACAGAUCUCCAGAUACAGAAGCUCGGUUGUGGUGGUUGGUGAAAGGUGACAUUGGGUUGUUGUUGUGAGGGACAACGUGGAGUCUCUUCUCUAGCUGUAUGCGUGGACACCUUGUUUUUUAUUUGACAACAUAACGGUAAACUAUAACUUCCUUCCUUCCUGCUGCUCCACCGACUCGUUGCACUGGUGUGGCCGCAGGUGUUUGCUGCAAGAAGAAGUUGCAUUGGUAGAUGCUGGUUUCCUGUUUCCCCCUCAAAGACCAACCUGCCCAGCUUUUAUUUCAUCCCCUCUAACUUGUAAAGUGCCAUGUUCAGCCAGCCUGCAGGUCAAAAAGCACGCAAGAAAUGGCAUCACCGAAGGCCGUGCAGGACUGGUGCCGUGUCUCAUGCGCCAAAUACCCAAAUGUGGAAAUCAAGAACAUGUCUACUUCAUUCAGGGACGGACUUGCAUUUUGUGCCAUCAUCCACAGCCACCGACCUGACCUGAUAGAUUUCUGCUCCCUCUGCAAAGAUAAUGUUUAUCAAAAUAACAAGAUGGCAUUUGAUAUUGCAGAGAGGAAGCUGGGCAUCCCUGCAUUGCUGGACCCUAAGGACAUGGUGUCCACCGAGGUGCCUGAUUGUUUGAGUGUCAUCACCUACCUUUCCCAGUACUACUACUUCUUCAAGAGGAAGUCUUAUGCAGGUCUUGCCAGUUCCAGGCCAUCACAAGUCACUUCAUUAAACAACCUCAAGAAGAGUAAAACUCCUGAUGGUCUGAAACGCCUGAAGAGCCAGUCUGUUCUGGAAACCAGCAGAGAAGAUCGUUUAUCCAACACAAGGCUACGGACAGUGUGUCAUUUGUGUUUUAAGCCUGUCCACCUUAUACAGAGACAUUUGACAGACGGAAAGGUCUACCAUCGCAGCUGUUUCAGGUGCAAAGUGUGCCACAGCACUCUUUUACCGGAGUCUUACACACAGGGAAGUGAUAACAGCUCCUUGAUCUGCACUCACCACAUUACGGGCAGUACAAGUACAAGUGUUGACCUCAAUCAGCAAAUUAGAUCUACUGACAAUCAACCCAAAUGUAAGUUCCAGGCAGGUUAUUUCUCUCUGGGUGGAUUGCCCAUUUCCAGCGUCCCUCAUUACACUAAGACAACAGAGCCACAGGACAGACAGGUUUGUAAGACACCGGAGACGGAGGGGAGAGAAAUACAGGAGAGGAGCACAGAGCUGAAAGACAGAGACUCAACUGUUGGACCGAAGUGCACGACAAAGAAGCCGGCGCCUCCUCGUCUUCCUCCACCCAGUGUUGAAGGCAGGGCUGUCAAAAGAGCUGGAAAAGCUGGACUUGCACCCGUUCUGGUAGACAGUAAGAUACAGCAGGAGGAGACAAAGAGUCAACGGCCCUCUGAGCUCUCUUCACCGUGUGCACGAGUGACAGAAGGAAGUAGUCGGCCGGUUCCAACACCCAGGCGAUUGUUGGACCCUUCUGCAGUCCCUGUUCCUGCACCCAGGACCAAAGCUGCCCAGCCCAUGGACACCUCCACUACUGCAGGACAUUCAUGCAACCAAAAUAAAUGUUCGACCGACUCAUCUCACAUCACCAGCCCAACCAGAAAUAGCCCUAAAGUGCAUACCAACCAUCCAUGGAUGACCAUCAUUCACCCCGGACCCUGGACACAACUGCCUCCCGCUCCACCUCCAGUACCCGCUCCUCGAUCCAAAUCUGUCUCCAACAUGCAGUCCUGGAACAGGCCCAGAGUGCUUCCUCCCAACCCAUUUGGAGAGGAGGUGGACGACGACACUCAGAAAGAGGACACAAAACCUGAGCCUGCAGAUCAAACUGAUCUUGCAGCGGGAGGUAUCCGUUCAGGUAACGGUGGCAAUCAAAAAAAUACAGCGGGGGACACGGAUGCUGUUGGUUGUUCAAGUGAUGCUGAAGAUUCUGCUAUUAUAUCAACAGCUGAUGAUGUGGGAGCUUCGUGUGAACCAGCUGGAGAAACAAGUAAAAUAUCAUCUGAUUUGGAUGAAACUGGAAACACAAAAAGUUUACUACCCGAUGUGACUGAAGCAGCAGCAGAAGAAGCACAAAGUCACAUUUUACCCAGGAGUCUGUCUGUGCCAGCGAUCACAUCCGCCCGCUCUCAAAGCUCCCUUUUGGAUUUUGACUCGACAGAGGCAAAUGAGUCUGACCAGGUCCCGUCAUGUCAAAAUAAGCUUGCCUGCAAAGAGAAUCCCUUUGAUCGAAAACCUGCGAUGCCAAAAUCAAAGACCUUUCAGGCCCUCCCCUCUACACGGACCCCCGCCCCCGGACAUGGCUUCCCACUUAUCAAGAGGAAGGUGCAGACAGACCAGAAUGUGAACACAGAAGACCUGGAGGUGGAGAAGAGAGAACUGGAGAAACAUCUGGAGGCACUGGAACAAAGAGGAGUUGAAAUGGAGGGGAAUCUGAGAGACAACAAGAACGAUGAAGAUGAGGAACAAAUGCUAAUGGAGUGGUUCUCUCUUAUCAACGAGAGACACGUUCUGAUGCGCAGAGAAACAGAGCUGGUUCAUCUGACAAAGCAGCAGAAGUUAGAGGAGAGACAGGCAGACGUGGAGUACGAGAUCAGAUGUCUCCUUAAUAAACCAAUGAGCGACUGGAGUCAGGAGGAUCGAGGUCAAGAGCAGCAGCUGAUGGAUGAGCUUGUCACUAUCAUUGAACAGAGGAACCAGAUCGUCAGCAGCUUGGAUCGGGACCGGCUGAGGGAAAGUGAAGAAGAUAUGCUUUUGGAAGCCAUGAUGAAGAACAAAGAGUUCCAGAAAGAAGGACUUAAAGAGCUAAAAAAGUCAAAAGGAAAGUUCAAGCCUACGAAAAUGUUUAAGAUGCUGAACCAUAAAGCUGAGAGCAACAAAGACUCCAUGGACAAAAAGAACUGAACUGCCAUCCAAGAUACUCUCACAGAAAACAAACGUGUACUCUGAGAUAAUAAAGAAGAUGAAAGUGUUGCAAAUAAGUGGAAUCUGAUCACACAAUGAAAUGUAUAAAUAUUAAUUUUAUGUUGAAGAGCAGCUCAGUAGCAUUGCCUACAUUAAAUAUUCUCUCAUUUUAAAUGUUUUAGUGUUAUCAAUGUACAUUUUAGCUUUCAUGUGUCUUUACUUGCCCUAUCUCCUGUUUUACAAAC